UCACUUUGCCAUCAAAACCUUCACUAAAGAGCCAUAUUUUAGGUUGUUGAAAUGGCAACCAAUUUUUGCCCUUUUCCUUUCAAACUUGAUCUACAUCAUUCCUUUUCCAAGUCUUCUUCUUCAUUUCAGGUGUUCCGAAACAAAGAGAUUUUCCUUAAAGUUGAAUGCAGAUCACAAAAUGCUGAGCAAGAUUUUUCAGGAUAUGGUUUCAGUGUGGAUGCUAAGACUGCGCCUCAAACUGAUGAAGUAAUUCUUGAUCAUAGCUUAGUAGUGCCUCAUACCAAUUCAUACGGCCAUUCUUUCAGGGAUUAUGAAGCUAAGAACGAAAGAAGUGAGAUGGUUGAGGAGCUCUAUCGCCUCAGCCACAUCAACCAAACAUAUGACUUCGCGAAGCGUAUGAGGGACAAGUACAGGUCACUGGAUCACGUAGAAAUGAGCAUCUGGGAAUGCUGUGAGCUCCUCAAUGAUGUGGUGGACGAGAGUGAUCCGGAUUUGGAUGAGCCUCAGAUUCAGCAUCUGCUCCAAUCUGCAGAGGCCAUUAGGAAAGAUUAUCCUAAUCAGGACUGGCUGCAUUUGACUGCUCUUAUUCAUGAUCUUGGGAAGGUUCUUCUUCUGCCUAGCUUUGGACGUCUGCCCCAAUGGGCUGUUGUUGGUGAUACAUUCCCUCUUGGCUGCGCUUUUGAUCCGUCAAUAGUUCACUAUGAGCAUUUUAAGAGUAGUCCUGAUUACAAAAAUCCAGCCUAUAGCUCACAGCUUGGAGUUUAUUCAGAGGGCUGUGGACUGGACAACGUUUUGAUGUCAUGGGGGCACGACGACUACAUGUACCUGGUUGCCAAGGAGAACAAGACUACCCUGCCACCGGCUGCACUCUUCAUCAUUCGAUAUCAUUCUUUUUAUGCACUACACAAGUCGGGGGCAUACAAGUAUCUGAUGAAUGAAAAAGAUGCUGAGAAUCUCAAAUGGCUUCAAAUUUUCAACAAAUAUGAUCUCUACAGCAAAAGCAAGUCUGGUGUUGAUGUGGACAAGGUGAAGCCAUACUACAUCUCCCUUAUUAAAAAGUACUUCCCACCAAAGCUCAAAUGGUGAAGAACUGAUGCUGUCAAGAUGUGUUAAUGAAAGCUUAUAUCUGAUUAUCUUAUGCUUCUUUUCAUAUUCUUGGAAUGGAGAAUUAUAUUAUAUUGUGCAUUGGCAGUG